GCUGUAGAAGAACUCGGGUUUGGACUCGGUCACGCGCCAGUUGAUGUGAUGCUCAUCGAGACACUGCACCUGAGACAGAGCCAUGGCGCUACGCUUUAUCAAUACCUAACGGAUAAUCACUGACGGAUCAAUAAUAUAACCCAACAGAUAUUACUGGAGAACAUUAAAUAUACAAUCCCACGGUUGAACCGGGAGAUUUACCAAACCUUUCCGACAAGAGUUCAACUUGUCUCAGCUCAUGUUGUAUUCGUAUCCGUGUACACCAGCUUCCCACGAUGUGUCCCAUAAAACACGAAUAAUGUUGAAAAUAAAUAAAACGGCGACUUUUCUCCUCAAAGCCGACAGAAACCGAGACCGACUAGUUUAUCAGCAGCACCGUAUAAACUACCGGUCGUCAGUGCGUCUCCUCGUGUUGUAAAACGCAAUAGAAUUGAGCAGAAGUAAAUAGUUACAGGCGGAAUGUGAAAUGUCUCUGUGAGAUGAUGACGGGUUCAUCUCCCAGUGGAGCCUCAAACCACAUCUCAUGAACAAACACGCAGACACAGGUAAACCGGGACAAACUUCCCCACCCCGCCACGCCCGUCACACAUGACCGCUCCAGCCCCGUUCCGGUGGAGCACCGGGGAAGUGUUGUUCGUACUCGGUGGGGUGUGUGGACCCAGAGGAGUGUGUGAGGGUGUGUGGAGCGGAGGUGGGCUGCUCCAAUAUCGCCUUCCCAAAACUGGUCAUCGAACUCAUGCCCAGCGGUCUGCGGGGGCUGAUGAUAGCAGUGAUGAUGGCGGCCCUGAUGUCAUCGUUGACCUCUAUCUUUAACUCCUCCUCCACGCUCUUCACCAUGGACAUCUGGAAGAAGUACCGUGCGUACGCCUCGGAACGGGAGCUGCUAUUGGUCGGCAGGAUAGUAACAGUGAUUCUGGUGGUGAUAAGCGUGGUGUGGAUUCCAAUCCUGCAGUCGGCCAAUAGCGGACAGCUCUACGUUUACAUCCAAUCAGUGACCAGUUACCUGGCUCCACCCGUUACCGCUGUCUUCUCAUUGGCUAUCUUCUGGACCAGAACCAACGAGCAG